AUGGGGCGGAAGACCAGACAGCAGCAGAGACACCCGACGGGUGCUGCUGGGCCUGAACCCAAUCUGCUGUGCUGCAGCAAAAAGAAUUCUGCUGGCAGCGUAACGCCCUGCAUGCAGCAGCAGCAGCAGCAGCAGCAGCAACAGCAGCAGCAGCAACAGCAGCAGCAGCAACAGCAGCAGCAGCAGCAAGAGCAGAAACAUGAAUCAGCAGCAGCAACAGCAGCAGCAGCAACAGCAGCAGCAGCAGCAGCAGCAGCAGCAGCAGCAGGCGGGCCAAACUAUAAUAAUCAGCAGAAACAACUGAGGAAGCAUCAACAGCAGCAACAGCAGCAACAACAGCAACAGCAGCAACAGCAGCAACAACACAAAAGCAGCAGCAAACGCAACAGUAGCAACAACAGCAGCAGCAUCAAUAGCAGCAGCAGAUAG